AUGUUUGUCUGGGGGUCGGGUUACUCUGACCCGCUGCAAUUGGCGGCAGCGGGCGUUUUCGUUUUAAACAUCUCCCUCUCCUCCAUUCGGGGCAGCUGAUUGCGGGGAUAAUUCUGCGCGAUUUUCCGUUCGGAGCGCGGAGGAGAGGGAAGAUCAGCGGAUUUGCUCAGCAAAAAGGACACAAAAUGUGCCAACGUGCAAUCCACUGUAAACAAUGAAAUUGCAGGCGGCUUCGGCUCUAAUCCGAUGGAUCCCAGAGCCCGCUUCUCCUGAGCGAUGCAUUUCGGGAUCUGCGGGAGGAUGCGUGCAGUUACUAGCUGGAUUUUAAGCGGCGGUGCGGGUUAUUUCAGGGGCGGCUGAGAGCGCUGGAGAUCGCCUAGAUGGACGUCGCGGAGAGACCGGUGUAGCGGUGCCGAGAAGCGGCGUGGGUCGGCGGGUAGGGCUGGCGAUGUGAAUCCUGCCUGCCCGCCCCUGCGCCCAGCGAAGUGACUCCGCUUUGGGGCCGCCCGAGGCGGGAUUGGUUGGCGUCGCCGCGGUCUCUGUGGCUGUGCCGCGGAGGGAGCGCUCGUCGGGGCGGCCCGGGCAUGGCUCGGCUGGCGGCGGCUGCCUGACGGGCGGAGCGGGGCGGGAGCCAUGUACCUCCUGGACAGCAGCGAGCCGCCCUCCGCCGCCUCCCCCGAGAGGAUGCAGCGGGGGACCCCGCAGCGGAAAACCGUCUACCGCAUCUCGGUGACCAUGGUGAAGAAGGAGCUGCUGGCAGCCGAGGGCAGCGCGCCCGGCCCCGGCCCCGGCCUGGAGCCGCCUCGCCCCCGGCGGCGGGCAGGGGCCCCGCCGGGCUCCGCCAGCCUGACUCGCGCGGGGCUCUUGCUGGAGGAGGCCGAGGAGGAGGGCGAGGAGCUGCCGCCCAGUCCCGGCGGCUUCCGCCCCUUCCGGACGCUGAGCACCGGGCAGCUGGAGCUGGGCCGGCUGCAGGUGGCCAGGCGCGCGGGGCGCCGCUUCCCGCCCGAGCUGGCCCGCAGGUGGCCGGGGCCGGCGGGGAACGGGAGCAGCCCCCCGCCGGGGCCGGGGCCGGGCGCGGGUCCCGGGGCGCCCCCGGAGGACGGGCCCGCGGCGCGCCCGGCGGAGGCUGAACCGGGGCUGCGGCGGAGCUGCAGCUUCCGGCACUGGGGCGGCGGGGAGCUGGCGCGGGCCCUCUGCCGGGACAAGCGCCACAGCAGCUCGGGCUGCCUGGCCGCGCCGCCCGGGCCCGCGGCCGCCGGGGCCGAGCCGCCGGCGCCCGGCGCCGAGAAGCGCAACACGCUGGACGUGGGCGAGGUCCUGAGCAAGGCGGAGCCGCUGGAGCGCUGGGAGCGCGGCAAAGGCAAGAACCGGACCCUGGAUAACAGCGAUCUGCAGCGGCUCUCCGAGCGCCUGGGCCGGGGCAGCGCCGCCUCCCACGAGCACAGGCUGCUUCGCUUCUUCAGCGGCAUCUUCACCCGCAGGGGCGGCACCUCCACCCCCUUCGGCAGCCCCGGCGGCCGCUCCCCCAGGCCCAGGGGCUACUUCAGCAGCCUCCGGAGAGCCCCCGCGGAUGCGCAGUCCAGCAGCGAGAGCAUCAACGGCUCGCCCCACAAAGAUGCUUUUGUAAAUAGCCAGGAGUGGACACUAAGUCGAUCUGUACCAGAGCUGAAAGUGGGAAUUGUGGGGAAUUUAGCUAGUGGCAAGUCUGCACUUGUGCACCGGUAUCUGACUGGCACGUAUGUCCAGGAAGAAUCACCUGAAGAUAUGGAUGCAGGUGGGAGAUUCAAGAAAGAGAUAGUAGUUGAUGGACAAAGCUAUCUGCUGCUGAUUAGAGAUGAAGGGGGCCCUCCAGAGGCACAGUUUGCCAUGUGGGUCGAUGCUGUUAUAUUUGUCUUCAGCUUGGAAGACGAAAUAAGCUUCCAGACAGUUUACCACUACUACAGUCGUAUGGCUAACUAUCGUAACACUAAUGAAAUCCCAAUGGUACUAGUGGGAACCCAGGAUGCUAUAAACUCUAAUAAUCCACGUGUUAUUGAUGAUGCCAGAGCAAGAAAGCUGUCGAACGAUUUGAAGAGAUGCACUUACUAUGAAACCUGUGCUACUUACGGGCUGAAUGUGGAAAGGGUCUUCCAAGAUGUUGCCCAGAAGAUUGUGGCAACAAGGAAGAAACAGCAGCUUUCAAUAGGCCCCUGCAAAUCUUUACCAAACUCUCCAAGUCACUCGUCUGUGUGUUCUGCCCAGGUUUCUGCUGUACAUAUCAGCCAGACCAGUAAUGGAGGAGGGAGCUUAAGUGAUUAUUCCUCCUCUGUUCCAUCAACUCCAAGCACCAGUCAGAAGGAGCUACGGAUUGAUGUUCCUCCCACUGCCAACACUCCAACACCCGUUCGUAAACAGUCCAAGCGCCGCUCCAACCUCUUCACGUCUCGGAAAGGGAGUGAUCCAGACAAAGAGAAGAAAGUCCUGGAGAGCAGAACAGAUAGCAUUGGAAGUGGCCGUGCAAUCCCAAUUAAACAGGGUGUGCUGCUAAAGCGAAGUGGCAAGUCAUUGAAUAAAGAGUGGAAGAAGAAAUACGUUACGUUGUGUGACAACGGUGUACUGACCUAUCAUCCCAGUUUACAUGACUAUAUGCAGAACGUUCACGGAAAAGAAAUCGACCUUUUGAGAACUACUGUGAAAGUGCCAGGAAAGAGGCCACCUCGAGCGACAUCAGCUUGUGCGCCCAUCUCCAGUCCCAAAACCAAUGGCAUGUCCAAAGACAUGAGCAGUUUACACAUCUCUCCUAAUUCAGGAAAUGUGACUACUAGUACGUCUGUCUCUCAGAUGGCAAGUGGGAUCAGUCUAGUCUCCUUCAACAGUCGCCCCGAUGGUAUGCAUCAGCGCUCCUACUCAGUGUCCAGUGCUGACCAAUGGAGUGAGGCGACAGUCAUUGCAAACUCUGGCAUCAGCAGUGAUACUGGUUUGGGAGAUUCUGUGUGUUCAAGUCCAAGUAUAUCCAGUACCACAAGUCCCAAACUGGAUCCUCCUCCCUCCCCUCAUGCCAACAGAAAGAAACAUCGUAGGAAGAAAAGCACUAGCAAUUUUAAAGCUGAUGGUAUCUCAGGCACUGCUGAAGAACAAGAAGAAAACUUCGAGUUUAUCAUCGUUUCCCUCACCGGCCAGACCUGGCACUUUGAAGCGACCACAUAUGAAGAAAGAGAUGCGUGGGUACAAGCCAUAGAGAGUCAGAUUCUGGCCAGUUUACAGUCCUGUGAGAGCAGUAAGAAUAAGUCCCGACUGACAAGUCAGAAUGAGGCCAUGGCCCUUCAGUCAAUAAGAAACAUCAGAGGCAAUUCUCACUGUGUGGACUGCGAGGCACAAGACCCUGACUGGGCCAGCCUGAAUCUGGGAGCCCUCAUGUGUAUCGAAUGCUCAGGUAUACACCGGAACCUUGGCACACACUUGUCACGUGUCCGGUCACUUGACCUGGAUGAUUGGCCUAUAGAACUCAUCAAGGUGAUGUCAUCCAUUGGGAACGAACUAGCAAACAGUGUCUGGGAGGAGAGUAGCCAGGGACGUAUGAAACCCUCUUCAGACUCCACAAGGGAAGAAAAAGAGCGCUGGAUACGUGCUAAAUAUGAACAGAAGCUCUUCCUUGCCCCGCUGCAGUGCCUGGAACUUUCGUUAGGCCAGCAUCUGCUCCAAGCGACAGCUGAUGAGGACUUGCGGACUGUCAUCCUGCUCCUGGCCCAUGGAACCCGGGAAGAAGUGAAUGAGACCUGCGGAGAUGGGGAUGGGCGCACAGCCCUUCACUUGGCAUGCAGGAAAGGAAAUGUAGUGUUAGUUCAGCUCUUAAUUUGGUAUGGCGUGGAUGUUAUGGCCCGUGAUGCCCAUGGGAACACGGCUUUAGCCUAUGCCAGGCAAGCCACAGGCCAGGAAUGCAUUGAUGUUCUCCUGCAGUAUGGCUGCCCUGAUGAGCGCUUUGUCCUGAUGGCUACUCCCAAUUUGUCCAGGAAGAACAAUAACAGGAACAACAGCAGUGGAAGAAUGCCCACCAUCAUCUGAGGAACCUACUCAUUUCUUCACUGACCUGAGUAACAUCCACAGCCUCAUAUUGCUCCAUUUUCUUCCCAGCUCUGACCUGUGAGUCUUAUACCUCCCCAUCUCCCUUUUCCCCUCAAUCUCUGUCCUCUCCAGAAAAAUCACAUCUGGACAAUGUGAAGGGACCAGAGGAGAAAAGGGGGCUGCAGAAACCCUUUAUUUUAAUAAAGGGUCUUGAAUAAGGAAAACUGAAAAAGGGAGGGGUUGUGAGAGAGAGUGGUUGUGAGGUCUCUAAUUAUAGCACAUGACAUGGGACCAUUUUACUAGUAGUCUUCAGGCAGAGGCUCUACAAGUGUUGAAAGAAGGGGUGGAGGGAGAAGAAAGGAGGAGGAAGAGGAGAGGAAAGAAGAAAUGGUAACUUUCCUUAACUGACGGUUAAGCACAUCAGUACAUUUCACCUCUACCAAACGGAACACUUGGAUUUCAUUCUCUUCUCCGAAGAGCUUGACGGCAUAAAUCAGAAGCAAGCACAGAGUUUGUCAGGUUUGAAGCUCCUAUGAUGGUAUGUGUCAAAUCAGUUGUAGCUAAUCUGUCCAGGGAGAAUACUGGCUUCAUUACACUUGUAUAGUUGAGUUCUUCCAGCAUUACUGCUGUUUAAUAGAACAUGAUUAGUCAUCACGGAGAAAAAAGCAUAUUAGCUGAGGAGGUAGUUACAUGGCACGCUUCGGUGAUUGCUUGGAUGUGAUUGCAAUAUUCUUAGAAGCAUCAUAUUAUCUCAGACAUGUUCUUUCAAGCCCUUGGAGCCCUCCUUUCUAAAUUCACUGUCAUAAUUUAGUAUCUGUUUAAUUUUUCAGUCCAAAGAGAGGAAAUCGGUUGCUGAGUGUUAUUUGACUGCAGUCUCCUUGGUGUAAAAACAAAAUGGAAAAAAUAAAUAAGAAUAACUAUGAAACACAAAAAGAAAUAAUGAAUACUGCUAAGGAAAAACAUUUCAAGUACAUUUAGUAAAAUAAAUAAAUGUAUUAAAGGCUACUAUUUUUUUCAGUCACAAGAAAUACGUUGUGUCAUUUUGCCAAGUAAGUGUGUUGAGUUUUUUUGGUCACUCUUGUGAUGCAUUGCCUAAAUUAUACAGAUUUUGUAUUGUGUCUUUAGAUUAUGUGUAUGUAAAUCUAUUUGAAUAAACAAGUUCAUAAA